CAGGGGCAAAGAGGAAGGGAUGGCUGGCAAUACCGGUCCCGGCAUCUCGCCUAAAAUUGAUUGAUCAUCGCUGGCUGGUUGGGUGACGUGGAGCUAGGACAGGGCCAAGUUAUUCGAGCUCCGAAGGGGGGGAAUACUCCACAAUCACGAGCAGUCUCUUUACUGUGAAGAGACAGAUAGUCCUUGUCCAUAUUUUUCUCAUCCUUUGCUUUUUUUUCUUUCUCGCUAUAAUACCUUGAGAGAGAGAGAGAGAGAGAGAGACUCCUACUCGAAUAUUACUCCUUGGAAUACCACGGCGGGUGGGUAAGCUUUCCUGCCCUACCCUCUUCGUCGUCGGCAAGCUCCUGCUCGGGGGAAGAAAAAGGAAAAGGAAAGAGAGAGAAUGCCUUCCCCAACACUCCACGGCUCCUCACGAACCCGCAAAUGGAUACUGUCGAGUCCGCCGGUGGAAUGGGCUACGAUGCAGUUACAGGAGCUAUUGAUUAACGCUCUCCGCCAGGGGCCGGUCCCUCAACACGUCGCUUUCGUCAUGGACGGGAAUCGCAGGUUCGCUCGGAGUAAUCAUAUCGAGACGGUGGAAGGGCACAAUAUGGGGUUCGAAGCACUGGCGAAGGCGAGUUAUACCUCCCCCCCUCCCUUUUUAGAGGAGGGUAGCUAACCGGGCGGCCCAUGCAGAUCUUGGAGGUCUGCUAUAAGUCUGGUGUGAAGGUGGUCACCAUAUACGCAUUCUCCAUUGAAAACUUCAAGAGGCCUCUCCAUGAGGUCAACGCGCUCAUGGAGAUUGCAAAGAUUAAGCUCUUACAGUUGUGCCAGCAUGGGGAGUUGAUGGACCGGUAUGGGGCGAAUCUAAGGAUUCUGGGGCACCGGUCGUUGUUGAGACAGGAUGUGCUCGAAGCGAUUGAGCAGGCGACGGAGAUGACGAAGCAUAAUGACAGGUUUGUUGCCUACCCCCACCCCCAUAAAGGGCCUCUCUGAUGACCCGUGUCUCAGGGCCAUUCUGAACGUCUGUUUCCCCUACACUUCUCGGGAUGAGAUGACCACCGCUAUCCGGGACAUUGUGUCCUCGUCCACCAUUCCACACACUUCCCCGCCCUCCCCGUCGCCCAGCGAUUCAUCGUCUUCAACCUCCACCUCCACGUCCUCCGGCAAGACGGCGACCCCCGGAUUGAUGGACAUCGAGUCCAUCACCGAGAACACCAUAACGCAACACAUGUUCACGUCGGGCUGCCCGCCGCUAGACCUCCUCGUGCGGACCAGCGGCGUGGAACGGCUGAGCGAUUUCAUGAUGUGGCAAUGCCACCAGGACACCGACAUUGUCUUUUCCGACUACCUCUGGCCGCAAUUCGACAUAUGGAAAUUCAUGCCCAUCCUGAUCAACUGGGGCGUCAAGAGGCGGAAGUUGGAGAAGGAGAGGGGCGAUGUGGAAGUUCGGGGCGUCGGUAUGGGGAUGGGCGUGAGCAGGGAUGGUGUGUACUGACUAUUAGCGGGGAAGGAACGGGGGUGGGUACGUGGUGUUGUUGGGGUCGCCUCGACGGGUCUGUUUGGCGUGGUUCGGAUGCUGGCUUGGGGAUGAGGUGUUUUUCCUGUUUUGGAGGAUGGUGGGGGCUGUUGUGCUCGCGUGGCGUAGUCUUCCCCUACUCCUUUCUUUGAGUCUCUUUAUUCAGGGGUAGACAUUUUUAUAGAGGUUUUUGCGCUGUGAUUUUUAUGCUAGUAGUCCAUUAUAUCCUUUGCCCUUUAUGUACGAGAUUAUUCUGUGGUAGGCUGCGCCUGCCUUCUACAGUUCAUGGACUCUGGAGCGUCCUGAUAUCCGGGUGAACGAGACCAUAGCUGGUGACGGAGCUAUCAUACCGGUAUGAUAGUCCGUACACAGACACGCAGAGACAGACCUCCCCCGUCGGCCCGUCCCGAGUGAUUUGCUGUGCUCGUCGGCCAAGACGGUCUUGGCAGCACUGAC